AGAAACAGCCGCCGCAAGCAUCAAGCUCUCCCACCAUGGCAGCUGCCCCGGUGGCUGCCGACUCUCUCUCUCUCUCUCUCUGCGUACGCACUAUUUUUUAGUCCGCACUUAUUACGACAGAUGUCUCAUGCUCCGAUAAAGAAUAACGGCGGGCGAGCGGGAGCCUUCCCCCCGCAUGCUAGUCCUAACCAGGCUCGGGAACAGCAGCCCGUACUUCGUUCGGCUCGUGGUGUCACUGUAAACGGCGCCGGUUCACGUUACGCGCGCGACUCUUCCUCUUUUUUUCCUUCCGGCUCGUCCCCGCUCCCCCCCGUCUCUCUCUCUCUCUCUCUCUUGUCUCUCACGUGCUUUCUCCUCUCUUUUCUCCCUUUCGAUACGAGUGAUUAUGACUGUCGUUGAUCCGCGACCUCGAACUUGUCGUCUCGAUCGCGGAGACGCGUAGUUAAAACCACGGGGGACGCGACUCUUCUUCUCUUACCUCGCCGGAUCGGCACACGUGGUGCGGUAGGUACCCGGAUCAUUCGCGCCGUUUCCUCUAUUCUGCGAAACGAGAAAGAGAGGCGAGGCCGAUGAGACGAUUCCUCUUCGAAGACUCCUCGAGUGAGAGUACGUGAGAGUACGUGAGAGUACGUGAGAGUGCGCGAGUGAGUCUGCGUGUGUAUUAUAUGCAUGCCUGCGGAAAGGAAGAGAGAGAGAACGGAACAUCGCACGUAACGGCGAUAACGGGGGCAGGAGUCGAGAGUGAAUUGGUACCGCGCGCGUAUCGUCGUCGGUGAACGAUGAUAUUUAACUGCGGGACGCGUGCCGCACAGUGACAGCCGGCGGAGGAAAAGGAUCGGAGAAGCAAGCGGAGACCGCUACGAGACCGCAGACGAAACCGGAGGAUGGUGGUGGUGGUGGUGGUUAUAGUGGUUUGAAAUCGCCGAAACGACGUCAGCGGGAGAAGGGGCGACGCACGUGAGAGCGACUCUCUCGCUCUCUCCUCUCUUCUUCUCUCUGUCACUUCCUCGCUCUGACCCCCCACACAAGAGGUGAAUAGACACAACGAUGGUAGAUACACAACAUUUCUGUCUGCGAUGGAACAAUUACCAGAGCAGCAUAACCUCGGCGUUUGAAAAUCUCCGGGACGAUGAGGACUUUGUGGACGUGACGCUGGCCUGCGACGGCAAGAGCCUGAAAGCCCAUCGCGUCGUUCUCUCCGCCUGUAGCCCAUAUUUUAGAGAAUUGCUCAAGAGCACACCGUGCAAGCACCCAGUGAUAGUGCUCCAGGAUGUAGCAUUCAGCGACUUACAUGCCUUAGUGGAGUUUAUUUAUCACGGCGAGGUGAACGUACAUCAGCGUUCCCUCAGUAGUUUUCUAAAGACCGCGGAGGUCCUCAGGGUAUCGGGCCUCACGCAACAGGCCGACCAAACCGACAGAGACGAGCUGUCGCAUGUCCGCGCCCUGGCCGCCGGCGGCAAUCACCUGCCGUUCCACGACAAGACGGAGGAGACGGCUUUCCCACGUGGAGGCUCGCCGCCCACCCCCGUGACCCCGACGCCUACCACGGUGCAGCAGCUACUCCGUCGCGCCCAGAUACGCCGCAACGAGAGACGCACCCCGGAUCCGCACGAUGAGACGGCCAAGAGACCGCGGGUGCCGUCGCCGCCGCUCAACAACAACGACGCCACGCCCACGGACUUCUCGAUGGUCAAGAGCAAUCACCUGUCGACCAAGGUGGAGGGCAACGGGGUGCACGACGAGAACAGCCUGGUCGAGGACAAUAUAAAGUGCGAGCCGUUGGAGCUGACGGGCGGCAACGGCGGCGGCGCCAACGCCGGCAACAACGAGGACUCGUCUGAUUCCGGAGCCGCGGCCUCGGACCGACCGCCCGCGUCCGCGAGCAGUAACGAGCACGAGCCGGAAGCGGAGCACACGUCCGGAGGGGCGCAGAACUUUCUGCCCGAGAGCAAGCUCUUCACCUCGACCCCCGGCAGCUUCAACUUUAGCAUGGCGGCGCUCACCACCGAUCACACCCCACUGUCAGUGAAAUUUCCAGGAUUGGGCCAUGGCUUGCAAACACCGGACCUGGCGGGUACUUCGCAAGACCGGGAGGUCGCCGAGGAGGACGGGGGUUGGCAGUCCGCUAUCAACAUCGAGUACCAACGGCAAAUACAGCGAUCGAACCAAAGCGAUACGAGCGCGGAUCGGUGCGGCGAGACGACGGCGCAACCGUCUAAUCAGCAUCAGCAACAGCAGCAAGAACUGCCGAUAAUCGAUCUCUUAGACAACAUUAACGAUCAGAUGAUCGUGUUGAAAUCGGAGCCGGUCUCGCCGAUAAUAGACGAGGCCUGCCUUCUGUCGGAUCACACGCUCGAGGAUCACGCGGACCUCGAGUCGGCGCGCGACAAUCGAGAUCGCGACUGUCAACGUGAGAAGCAGCAGCAGCAACCGCAGUCGACAUCCGGAAGAUCCUCGAACGACGCGGAUUUACGAUGGUUGCGAUCGCGAAACGGUUCCAAGCAACAGGACGCGUCGCGCUUCGUCCUGUACAAGGAACAGGGUCAAUACUCGAAUCGCACCUACUGCAACUUGUGCCAAAAGACCUUCUCGCGCGCCUGGUCCCUGCAAAGGCAUUUGGCCGACACGCACUUUUACGUGCCGCAGUCUCUGUCCUGCGAUCAGUGCGGUAGGAGCUACAAAUCCCGAAACAGUCUGGUUAGUCACAAGAGCCAGUAUCACGCUAGAAAGGAUCGGAAAGAGCACGAGGCUCCAUGCGAAGUCACGUAUUGAAUGGCCCUAUCGAUCUCGGACGAUCUCUCUGUAUCGUAUCAGAGAGGAGAGAGAGAGAGAGAGAGAAGAGACGAACGAAAUAACUAUCAAAUUAUAUUAUACCUGUAUAACGCAGAACGUGCGUUAUAAAUUUUCUCCCCCAUGCCUUCGGAAGGAAAGGGGGAGAAAAUUUUGCAAUCUACCGCUUGUCAAUCGGACACAACAAUCGCGUUGUAUAAAUGUGUUCUGCUAAUUAGUAUGUUAUAGUUUAUUCUCUUUACACCGUCAAUGUAUUGUAAUUAUAUCACAACAGUAUUGCGGAGCGAGAUUUAUUGCUAGUCGUUCAUUUCUCCUCCGGCGAUAGAUUACCUCAUUUGAGAUCAAAGAAAUCGGUGUUAAUUCCUCGACGCCAUCUAUAAGUUAUUAGUCAUUUCGCGAAUACACCAUAGUCAUAGUAUAGUUGUCGACAUUUUUUUUUUUUUUUUUUUUUUUUUACUGGAAAUAUUAACAUAUUAUAAUUUCAUAGAAAUUUUAAUAGUUUGACCACGCAAGUACAAUCUCUGUGAUUAUUCAUGGUAAUAAAAAUACCGAGAUACGAUUUUAUAAUUUUGAGAUUUUGCGUUUAUAUAAUAUCAAAAAUUAAAUGAAUCAAAAUUAUGCUAGGUUCAAUCUCUAAUUUUAAUUUCUGUUCGUUUUGUUUCUCAUGUUGCGCUACUCUUAUUUGUAUACGAAAUACCACUUUUAUUUUACUAGUCAGUACAUGUCCAGCAGGAUUUCUAUUACUCGUAAAUCCUGCAUUGAAAAAAGAGAAAGUUUUAACAAUUUUACUUUUAUUUAGAAAUAUUCGUUGAUACUGAAUAUACGAAGUUGAAGUCUCUGUUAAAAAUGCCUGUGAUUGAUUAUUUAAUAAACCACAAUUAAUUAUUAAUCAGAUGUCGUUUGACAUGUUACCCCCCUGAUAAUUUAUAUAGUACGAUAGAUUAUAAAGAGAUUACGUAACGUUAUAUUUCGCGAAGACUCGCGUUAUACGAGCGUGUAUGUAUAUAGUAGCACUCGUUUCGAUCUAGACAAAUGCCAUUGUUCCUGUGUACUCGUGAGAUUGUAAUUGCGUAUUUAAGGGAAGGAAAAAAAACAACCUCGAUAGAUCGCGUGCAUCACACCUCCUGUUAUAACGCAACGUAUAUAUAAAAAAAAAAAAAAAAACGCGGUCAUAUACAAGUCGUCGAGUUACUGGCGAGAAAUAAGGGAAAUAAAUAUUAAGAGGGAUAUUAAAAAAAGAGUGAAAUAUAUUGUUUCUAAUGAGCGAGCGCGCGCUAUCUCACGGCCUAAAUAUCGCGCGAGAAGAAAGAACUUCUGUUAGCGGGACUCUCUUUCCGCCCUCAAGGCUACGCGAAAAUACCAUCAAUCAUGGAAUAUAGAGAGAACAUUACGCUUCAUCGCAUCACCUCAUUAGAAACAGAUAUCGCAUUUGUGUACACAGUUCGCACAUAUCUCCACACUCUCGCGCAUAUUCACAUGCGCGUACAUAUGUUGUACAUAAUAUAUAUAUAAAUAUAUAUAUAUACUAUAUAAGAUACUACGCUCUAUUUUGCUGUAAAUAAUAUGCAUAUCGACAUGGAUAUAUCUGGUAGUCAUGAAACACUAACUUCAUCGCUCACGAUUGUUCGCUGUGAAACCUUGGAACUGCUUGCACUUGUGUUAUCCUAAUUGCGUCCGAAAGAAGUAAGCGUCACAUGACGUAUUUUCAGAGAGAGAGAGAGAGAGGGAGAGAAAGGAAGAGAGAGAGAGAGGAAUGCUGUAAGUCUUCCGAAAUGGAGCAUCGUAAUUAUUACCAUUGUCAUCGUAUUUGAUCGAUAUCACGCUUCGUAUUGCAUUAUAUUAAAUAUAAGUGUGUUUAAUAAUUCAUUUCUUAUAGAAUAUAUAAUCGAAUAAAAUUAAAAUACUAGUAGAUAACGCAGAAGCAGCGCGUAUAAAAAGAGAUCUUACAUAAUACUGCCAACAUUCUACAACAUUCUAUUCUCUGACAUUGUCGUUGAAAUUACGCAAUAUUGAUUGUAUAUGAAAUUAUCAGCAACUUCUUAUGUCGUGAAUCAGCACUUUUUAUGUAAUUGAAGUUUUGACAUUUUUCAUGUCGCUUCUACAUAAACGAACGGGAAUUAUUAUUUCUCGCUUAUUAGUAUAUUACUUUAUAACGAAGUCCAGAGAAAAAUAUUAGUAUAAUUUCUAAAGAGACGUAUUUUGCAUAGCGUAUUUUUAAAAAAAUAUAUCGCGCGAAAUUUUCCAUACGAGUCUAAUUAAAUCGUUCGCGAGAAAUAAAAAAUUGAAACAAUUGUCCGUAGCGUGAAUGCAACAAUCGAAAAAAAAACCGACGAUAAUCGGAACGCGAAUGACGUGAUAAUGGCAAUGCUGAAGAAUAUUGACAUAAAGACAAGGACGGUGACGAUAUUCGCUAUAAUAAUAAUGGUUAUACGAACGGUUUAUUAUAUAGCAUUAUAAAUGAUAAUUGAACUAAUUGCGGGAUGAAACGUUAUUGCAACGCUGAUAAUAAUGAGAUUGAAGAUUGAGCAGAUAUCGAUCCUGACAGUAUUGGACAUCGAAGUAUGCAUAAUUGAAUGGCAAGAUUGAGAUGGCUUGUUCGAAGAUGGGACGGAAUAAAACGAAACAACGAUCGGAAUGAAAAUGAGAAAAAAAACUGCAACGCGAUGAUUAGCAAUUACGAUAACGACAAAGUAAAACGAGAAUAGAAAAAGAGAGAAUAAAAAUUAAGAUAAUGACGUUGACAGCCGACAUUGACGACGAGGUUGACAAUGACACGGACUUUGGCGAUAGUGAUUACGACGAAAAGAAUUAACAAUCACGAUGAUGACUAUGCCAACGAAUUUGUAUCCGGUGAAAUCUCACGGUCGAAAAAACGAAAAAAAAAAAAAAAAAAAAAAA